GUAGGUGCUCAAGGUACACGUGCUCUUGCUUGGGGCUCGUGUUUGUGGCCGCAGGUCCGGAGCGCUCCUGACCAAGCCAUGGGGUGCCUUCGAACCCUAGCGCGGUCGGCACUUCCGGUCCUGUGUUUGACAAUAUGGCUGCCCGGAAGCUGGGCCUUCUAUUUCCUGCAGUGGGGGCCGGAUCUAGCGGGGCCCUGGUGCUCGCGGCGCCCCCGCGGACAGGACUGCUGUGUCGGCAGGAACGACUACUGCGCGGUGCCCAUCCUGGGGACGGAGUGCUACUGCGACAUCUUCUGCAACGCCACCGCCUACGACUGCUGCCCCGACUACUGGGGCCACUGCCACGGCGUCGCACGCGACCCGCCCACCACCACCCUGCCUCCCCCGCGCUCUCACACGGCCUACCCGGCCUCCAGUACAGGGAAUCAGGAAGGGAGACACCCUUGGACAGAUAACUCAGAUGGAAGACCUGUGGUGUUGCCAAUUACAUCAGUUAGCGAAACCACAAACAGGGUGGAGCAGACGAUGUAUGCAACAUGUGUUACACACGGAAAGUGCAAACAGUUUUACCUGUUUGAAGGAGAGAUUGUGCAGGCGUGCGUGCACCAGAACAGAGGCUACCGGCCUGGCGCCAAGAUCAAAGAGAACUGCAAUGAGUGCACGUGCGUGGAGGUAGGGUCGCGGUACGACUGGCGCUGCAGCAACGACGUGUGCCUCGUGCGACCGGAACUCAUCACCGCUGUCAACGACGGCCCCUACACAUGGAGGUCGAGCAACUACUCCUUCCUGUGGGGACUCACCCUGGACGAAGGCAUCAGAUACCGCCUGGGUACUUACCCUCUGGAGCAGGAUGUCCUGGAGAUGACGCCACUGCGCGUGCGCCAAGAGGAGGUACUUCCAGAAAGGUUCGACGCGCGUGUCCGAUGGCCCGGCCUGAUCGCGCCCAUCAGUGACCAGGGCAACUGUGCCUCUUCGUGGGCCUUCUCUACUGUAGCUGUGGCAUCUGAUCGACUGUCCAUCGAGUCAGAGGGCGCCAUCGUCGAAGUUCUUUCCGCCCAACACAUGCUGAGCUGCGACACAAAUCAUCAGGAUGGAUGCACUGGUGGACACGUGGACAGAGCCUGGUGGUACCUCCGGCGACACGGGGUAGUGACAGAAGCAUGCUACCCGUACCUGAGUGGUUCGACGAGUGUGCAAGGCGAGUGUCAGAUCGGCGCGAGGCAAAGAGGGGGAGACUGCCCCAGUGGUAUCCAGUACAAACUCGAGAAGCGCUACAAAGCCUCGCCACCCUACAGAUACGACCACUGGAUAAUGGUCCCUGUUCAAGCAAUAUUCGAAGUGAAGGAAGAUUUCUACACGUACAAGUCUGGAGUGUAUCAGUACACUAACUUGGCACUACGUGACCCACCAGCGGCCCGCAAGUCUGCAUUCCAUUCUGUCAGAAUAGUGGGUUGGGGUGUCGAAAGAACUCCAGCGCGAGAUAUCAUCAAAUACUGGAUCUGUGCCAACUCCUGGGGCCCGGAAUGGGGUGAGAACGGCUACUUCCGCAUCGUGCGCGGCGUCAACGCCAAUCAGAUCGAGAGCUACAUCGUCGGCGCGUGGGGCCGCAUCACUGGCGACGUGUUGCAGCGGCAGCUGCUGGAGAGCAACCGUCGCCGGCGUCUUGGUCUGCAGGACGCUGACGUACGACGUCUGCGAGAGCUGAGUCCACGAGGCAGACGACGAGGAAGCAUCAAGAAGCAGCUGCGCAAUCUGGAAAGUCCAGACCAAUCUGGAAAGUCACGAGAUGCCGGACACCGUGCUGGAAGAACCGAGUAACAGCACCACCACCGAGAGACCUCGCAAAAAGGGAGACAAAAA